AUUCUCAAGACUAUUUCUCUUUACGUCUAUUAUGACAUUUUCUUCCUCACAAAACUGGAAAAUCAUGUCUCCUUUCAUACUUUAUUCCAUACUUCUUGCCGUCUUUAUCUAUCUCAUCUUCCAUUUAAGUUCACUUUUCAACCGGAAAUCCCUCCGUCUUCCUCCGGGCCCAAAGCCGCGGCCCAUUAUCGGGAACCUCACCCACAUGGGCCAGAUGCCCCACCACUCUUUGGCGGCGCUGGCCCGAACUUAUGGCCCGCUCAUGCACCUCCGCCUGGGCUCUGUUGAUGUCAUCGUGGCGGCUUCGGCGUCGGUGGCAGCCCAAUUCUUGAAGGUCCAUGAUACUAAUUUCUCAAGCCGGCCGCCGAACUCCGGUGCCAAACAUAUUGCCUAUAAUUAUCAGGACCUUGUUUUCCGACCAUACGGCGCAAAGUGGCGGCUGUUGAGGAAGAUUAGCUCCGUCCAUCUUUUCUCCGGCAAGGCCUUGGAUGAUUACAGAAGUGUUCGACAGGGGGAGGUGGCGGGGCUCACACGUGCGUUGGUGAGCGCGGGGUCAAAGUCAGAGCAAGUGAACUUGGCGCAACUUCUUAACGUGUGCACCGUGAACGCCCUAUCGCGGGUGAUGCUCGGCCGGAGAGUGUUCGGUGACGGAACCGGAGGCAAAGAUCCGAAGGCUGAUGAGUUCAAAUCGAUGGUGGUGGAGGUGAUGGUUUUGGCCGGAGUUGUCAACAUCGGCGACUUUAUCCCUUCUCUCGAGUGGCUAGACUUGCAGGGAGUGGCAGCGAAGAUGAAGAAGCUUCAUAAAAGAUUCGACAAGUUUUUGGGCGAUAUUGUGGAGGAGCAUAAAAUGCACGGUCAUGAUGGGAAGGAAAAACAUACGGACUUGUUGAGUACGUUGAUUUCGUUGAUGGAAAAUGCUGACGAUGAGGGAGAGAAGCUCACUGAAACUGAAAUUAAAGCGUUACUUUUGAACAUGUUUACAGCUGGGACCGACACUUCCUCAAGCACUACGGAAUGGGCCAUUGCAGAACUCAUUCGCCACCCCAAAAUCUUGGUCCAAGUGAAAAAUGAGCUCGACUCGGUUGUGGGCCGAGACCGAUUGGUCUCCGAAUUGGACUUACCGAAACUCACAUAUUUCCAGGCCGUCAUCAAGGAAACGUUCAGGCUGCACCCGUCAACGCCGUUGUCUUUACCCCGAAUAGCUGCUGAGAGCUGUGAGAUCAAUGGUUACCACAUCCCGAAGGGUUCUACAUUGUUGGUCAAUGUAUGGGCCAUCGCACGUGACCCUAAUGAAUGGGCUGAGCCGCUAGUGUUCCGACCCGAAAGGUUCUUACCCGGGGGAGAAAAGGCUAAUGUUGACGUUAGGGGAAAUGAUUUUGAGCUUAUACCAUUUGGCGCCGGACGAAGAAUUUGCGCCGGCAUGAGCAUGGGCUUGCGCAUGGUCCAACUGCUUACGGCCACAUUGAUCCAUGCCUUUGAUUGGGAUCUUCCGAGCGGGCUGACAUUGGAUAAAUUGAAUAUGGAAGAGGCUUUUGGGCUCACUUUACAACGGGCGGACCCCUUGAUCGUCCAUCCGAGGCCCAGGCUAUCACCAAAAGCUUAUGAAGUUUCAUAUUGAUGAGAUUGGUGAAUUUUUUUUUUUUUUUUUUAAUGUGCUACUGGUCAUUACAUAAAAUUAGGAUAAUUAUAAUAUCAACAAGGGAGAUUAGGAUUACAACUUCACUAAAGAUAUUUAUUAUAUCAUAAACUCCCUGAUGUGGUCUUAUAAUUUAGAUGUUUGAUAUGGAUUUUCCAUAAAUUAAAUGGUGCUAAUCAAUAUAUAGAUCUAUGCCACUGUUUUGAUUCCAUUUUAACUUAA